ACCUGCAAAAUUACACGCACUUCAUACAUUAUGACAUGACGUUUAAUUGUUCCCAUUCUUGUUCUUUAUUAUUGAAGAAAAUGGACGAGACACAAGGUUUGGAUUGCCUUCACCAAGAUGAAAUCAGCCGGCGCCGCUUUCGUCAAAGGACGAGAUAUGCAAGGUUUACACCUACACAAAGAGCAGAAUAUAUUCAGAAGUCAAUGCAAAAUAGGAAGAGGAAACGCAAUGCACAUUAUACUCCUCCAAACACAAAUCAUUGUUCUGAAUUCUCAAAUGGGAAAACACAAAAUCCAUCGCUAAAUUUCGCUAUGGAGGACAACCUAAUGGAGUCAGAAACGAAUGGACAACAACUACAGGAAGUCCAUCUUUCCCAACCCCAUGAACUGCGGACCAUGGCAAAUUGCCGAUUUUGUCAGGGUAAAAGGUUCCAAUACGAGCCUCCAACUUUUUGCUGCCACAACGGAGAAGUAGUUCUAACAAGCCCAUCUGUCCCAUCAAGGUUACGUAACUUGUUCACUUCUCAAACUGUUGAAGCUUUGGAAUUUUGCAAACACAUCCGUGCCUAUAAUAGCAUUUUUGGUUUCACAUCCUUUGGCGUCACGUUAGACAAAAGACUUGCUAAUUCAACAGGAGGAGUUUACACAUUUCGUGCACAAGGGCAAAUUUACCAUGAAUUGCCAUCUUUGAUUCCAUCAGCUACUUCUCCUUGUUACUUCCAACUAUACUUCUAUGAUACUGAUAAUGAACUCCAAAAUAGGUUAGACAUUAUGGAAAACAAGGAGGUCAAAAAUAAAAAACCGUUACUUAGCCCACACAUUGUCAGAACACUAAUGGAUGUGCUAUCUACAAACCCUUUAGCCAUGUUUCUUAGGAGACUAGACCACAGUUCCUUGGAUUCAUGUAGAAUACACAUAAGGACUGAUGUCAAGCUCGACCAAAGGGUUUACAACUCCCCAUCGGCUGAUCAAGUGGCUGCAAUAUGGAUAGAAGGAAAUAAUGCAAAUGUCUCUCAUGAAAGAGAAAUUAUAGUGCACUCAAACUCUGGACAUAAACAUAAAGUGCAACAUUAUUAUGGUUGCUAUGAUCCGUUGCAAUACCCGUUAUUAUUUCCUAGAGGUGAGGUUGGAUGGCAUCAAAAUAUCAUGAGAAGAAUUCAAGCUCGCACUAGCAAUGGUGCAUCAGAUAGGCAAAAUGAUUCGUCUUCUCACAGUUUCAAAUCAGCUGAAGAUAUUUUUAGACAAGAACAAGAAGGUGUUGAUGGUUCUAAUACAAAGAAGGUAUCAUGUCGAGAAUACUACUGCUAUAAGUUGCAAAUUAGAGAUCCCGAUCCUUCAGUUCUACUUCUAUCCGGUCGACUCUUGCAGCAAUAUGUUGUUGACAUGUAUAUAAAAUUGGAAAAUACAAGGUUGGACUACUUCCGGCAAAAACAAUCAGACAUAAGGGUUGAACUAUACCAAGGGAUUGUUGAUAGUGUAUUAGCUGGUGAGAGCAGGGGAAGUAUGGUGGGAAAAAGAGUUGUAUUGCCUGGAUCCUUUGUUGGUGGCCCGAGAGAUAUGCGUCGCAGGUACCUUGAUGCAAUCGCAUUAGUCCAACGCUUUGGGAAGCCAAACCUUUUUAUCACAAUGACAUGUAACCCUGAUUGGAAGGAGAUCAAAGACUCCUUAAAACAAGGCCAACUUGCACAAGAUAGGCCAGAUUUAACCGCUAGAGUUUUCCGAGCAAAAUUGCAAGACCUAAAAGAUCAGCUUUUUAAAAAAAGCAUUUUUGGAAAGGUCGCUGCACAUGUUCAUGCCAUUGAAUUCCAAAAGAGAGGUUUGCCUCAUGCUCAUAUGCUAAUCAUUUUGAAGCCAGAGUUCAAGAUUACCAGCUCGGACAAAUUUGAUCAAUUUGUAUGUGCAAAACUUCCAAAUCCAAUCCAGUUUCCUGAUUUGUAUGAGAAGGUUGCCAAACAUAUGAUGCAUGAGCCUUGUGGAGUAUUGAACAAAAAAAACCCAUGCAUGCGUGGUGGCAAAUGCAAAAACCGUUACCCCCGCUCUUUUGCAGAGGAAACCUUGCAAGGAGAAGAUUCUUAUCCAAUCUAUAGGAGAAGGAAGGAUUCCUUUACAGUUCAUAAGCGCGGCGCUAUAAUGGAUAAUAGGUGGGUCGUACCUUAUAAUCCAUAUCUUUUGAGUAGAUAUAAUUGCCAUCUUAAUGUUGAGAUAUGUUCGGGGGUGAAAGUAGUUAAAUACCUUUACAAGUACAUAUACAAGGGCCAUGACAAAAUUGUAGUCGACAUAAACCAUAAUGAGAGGGAUGUUGUCAUUGAUGAAAUCAAGCAAUUCCAAGAUGAUCAGUGGGUGUCAGCACAAGAAGUGAUGUGGAGAAUAUUCGAAUUUGAGCUGUAUGAAAUGUAUCCUGCCGUUAUAAAUCUACCACUACAUCUGCCAAAUAAGCAAACAGUUCCAUACGGGGGAAAUCAAGAUUUGGAGAAUAUCAUAAACUCUGAUACAGCUUCCAGAACAAUGCUUACAGAAUUCUUCAAAUUUUGUCUGAACGAUAAAGGGAAAACACCAUACCUUUAUAGAGAAUUUCCUGAGCACUUUGUGUGGAAUAGGAAAGGCAGGUAUUGGAGCAAAAGGAAAAUGCGGGCAGUUAUUGGUCAUAUUAACAGUGCCAAUCCGGUUGAAGGUGAGAGAUAUUACUUGAGGGUGUUGCUUAACCAUGCUAGAAGGCCUACAUCUUAUGCUGAUCUGCUAACCGUUAAUGGGGUCAAAUGUUCGUCAUUCAAAGAAGCUGCUGAGAAGAGAGGAUUGCUGCAAACAGAUAAUUGGCUCUCAGAAUGUUUAGCUGAUGCUGCCUCUUUCCAAAUGCCACAAGCUCUGCGUCAUCUUUUCGCAGUAAUUUUAGUAUACUGUGAUCCAAGUAAUGUAAGGAAGUUAUGGCAAGACUAUUAUGAACCUAUGCCAGAAGAUUUCUUACGGCUUGAAGGCGCCAAUGAGGAGUUGCGUUUGUUAAAGACAUUAAAAAGUAUCGACCUGUUCUUGGAAAGUAUUGGCAAGAGUAUAAAGGAUUAUGAUCUACCAGCUAUUAAAUCACAGAUAGUUGAAAAUGAGAGUUUUGAAAAAAGGGAAGUACUUGAUGAAUUAGCUGUCAAAAACCCUCCUGAAGAUUGUUUAGCACUUGAAAAGUUGAACCCGGAGCAGAAGUAUGCUUAUAACGUCAUUCUUGACCAUGUGAAUAACAACAAGAAUGGGAGUUUUUUCAUUGAUGGCCCUGGUGGAAGUGGGAAGACGUACUUGUAUCGUGCUUUACUGGCAACAAUCAGAUCAAAUGGGAUGAUUGCCCUUGCGACUGCAACGUCAGGGGUAGCUGCUUCAAUCUUACCUGGUGGACGUACAGCUCAUUCUAGAUUUAAAAUACCAAUUGAUGGAAAUGAUUCAAGUGUAUGCAAUAUACCAAAGCAAAGUGGCACUGCUGAGUUGAUACGUAGGGCUAAGUUAAUAAUAUGGGAUGAGGCACCUAUGGCCAAGCGAUGGGCUAUUGAAGCAUUAGAUAGAAGCUUGAAAGAUAUUAUGAGUACUAAUUCUGUGUUUGGAGGCAAAGUUAUUGUAUUUGGAGGAGACUUCCACCAAGUUCUCCCUGUAGUACCCCGAGGUACAAGAGCUGAAACAGUGCAUGCAAGUUUAGCAAAGUCAUAUCUUUGGACCGAAAUGCAGAAGCUGAUAUUGAAAACGAAUAUGAGGGCUCAAUCUGACUCAACUUUUAGUGAUUUUCUUCUUCGCGUAGGAAAUGGGGUUGAACCAACCGUAGAUGAAAACAUGAUAGAAAUCCCUGAGGAUAUGAUAGUGAGAUAUGAGGGUCGUAGCUGUGAAAGUUGCUUGAUUAAUGCCGUUUUCCCAUCUCUUAAGGAAAAUGCUAAUUCAGCAGAGUACAUAACUCAGCGUGCUAUUCUUGCUACAAGAAAUGAAUCCGUUGACAUGAUUAAUGACAGGCUGAUAGCAACCUUUCCUGGUGAAGAAUGGAAAUAUGUUAGCUAUGACGAGGCAAUUGACGAUACUCAUUGUUAUUAUCCAGAGGAGUUCCUUAAUACUUUAACCCCAAAUGGCCUUCCUCCACAUGAGUUGGUGCUUAAAGUUAAUAGCCCAAUUAUGUUAUUGAGAAAUCUCAACCCAAGUGUAGGACUGUGUAAUGGGUCCAGAAUCGUAUGCAAAGGUUUUGAACGUAAUGUAAUUCAUGCAGAGAUCACUUUAGGACAACAUGCAGGAAAGCAGGUUCUACUAAACAGAAUCCCUCUUUUGCCAGCUGAGAAUGAUUCUUAUCCCUUUCAAUUCAAGUGUACACAAUUCCCAAUUCGUUUGUGCUUUGCAAUGACAAUUAACAAGGCUCAAGGACAAACAAUACCGAAUGUCGGAGUAUAUUUACCUCAACUAGUGUUCUCUCAUGGCCAAUUAUAUGUUGCGUUAUCUCGGGGCAUUUCAAUGUCAACAACUAAAGUCCUCAUCAAGGCGGAAUCAAAGCGACAGAGGAAGAAGGACUAUGCCAAGAAUAUAGUCUACAAAGAAGUCCUGACUUCAUAAGCGUA